AUGGGGGAGACAAUCGACACGGCUCACCCUUCAGCUAAACUGUAUGAGAAAGAUCGUUCGCGAUCUUUGCCUCCAUUAUUGGAAGAGUCCUCCCUCAGCUUUCUCAAUGCGGGCAGCCGACAGGUGUCUCUUUCUAUGGAGAUAUCCGAGAGACUGCACCUGCCUCAACAGCAGCAGCAACAGCAGCAGCAGCAUCCUUCUUCCCAUCCUUUAGCCUGGUCCAGUAACAGCAGCACUAGCACGGACACCAGCGAAGAGCCGGCCUUGGAAAACGGGCAUCGACUGUUUUCCAGGAAUGCGCUCAGGACUAGAAGCGGUGCGACAAAGUGUGAGCUAGCCAAAGUCCUCAAUCGACAGACCUGCUUCCAUGAGAUACUCAAACAGAAAGAUGAGAUAAUAGAAGACCUGGAUGAAAAACUGGGAAGCAAGACGAUCAACCACGACACCUACGACAGCAAGAGGAGAAUGUCAACAGUGAGCAAGGGUAAUGAGGAAAGAAUUCGCGUCUUGCAGAACCAAAACAGGUUUCUCAAUGAAGAGGUCCGACGGCUGGCCAAACUUCGUGGACAAGAACAUGAGAAGAUUAAAAUCCAGGAAGGCAAAGUCCGGAGUCUGGAGGCAGACAUAGAAGUGUGGAAGCUGGAGUAUAUUUCCCUUAUACAGUCCAGUAUCCGUUUCACAGGCACGGAUACCAUGGAUGAUGCAGAGUUGUCGUUAUUUGGAGGCGAUCGGCAUAAGCACCGCAUUCUGUCUUUACUGGAGGAAGCCAGAAAGAUUAAUCCUAGCCUCCCGACCUACGAGCACCUGGCGUCCGGGGAGGUUCAUGUCGACAGCUAUGGUUUCAAACAUCACUUCUCAGAUGAUGGCCUGCUGCUGCACUACCUGUGCCAAGAACUCAGCCAACACUUUCUGUGUCAGGCCAGCUCCUAUGAGAAGCAUCAGAAGAACUGGCUGCUGUACUUAAAGAACAAAUCAAAGAACCUGAUGGCCAAUAAGAAAGAACUGAAAGCCUUGGUCAGAGCGGGGAUUCCCGACACCCACCGAAAGCAGAUGUGGAGAACGUUUGUGCUGGCUCAGGUGGAGGACAUUGUCCAGGAGAAAGGGGCCCAUUAUUUCAGGAGCCUGUGCAGUGCUGCCCCAGAUUCUCCACUGGCAGCCAGGUACCGUAAACAGAUCAGUCUGGAUUUGAUGAGAACAAUGCCCAGCAAUGUGAAGUUCUCUACGCCAGGCUCCAAGGGGAUUAUGGAUCUUCAAGAUAUCCUACUUGCAUUUUGUAUCCACAAUCCACAAGUUGGAUAUUGCCAGGGGAUGAACUUCCUUGUGGCUAUGGCACUUCUCUUCAUGGAUGCACAAGAUGCUUUCUGGACCCUAGUAGCGGUCACAGAAAGGUACCAUUCUCCUUCAUACUUCGACCACAACCUCCUUGGUGCCCAAGCAGAUCAGAUGGUGCUGCACGAUCUCAUGGUGGAAAAGCUGCCAGAGCUUGCCAAACAUCUGGAUGCUAUAGACAUUGAGAUUUCAACUGUCACUCUCAACUGGUUCCUGGCCAUCUUCUUUGAUGCCGUACCUUUUCAA